UCCACCAAUCUCCCGCGCGCGCGGCUGCAUGCCAUGAGCAACGACGACGACGCCACCGCCAAGGCCGGCCUGCACGAGCAGACCACCGGCUGCCUCCCCGUCGACCAGUCAUGCUUCGCGCUGUCCCGGCUGUCCUACCGCGGCGGCGGCGGCCGCGGCAGCAACCCGCACGCGUGCUGCUCCACCACCUCCUACCUCGAGGUGCUCGCCAUCUCCUUCGCCUCGCUGCUCGUCAUCCUGUUCGUGCUCUGCGUGAUACGGUGCUACCUCAUGCGCCGCGCCGCGAACCGUGUCACGGUGGUGGCCGCCGCGGCGGCCGCGGCGGCAGCGGCGGUUGUGAGCGUUACGAAGAAACGGCCGCCGGGUGGCCUCGGCGAGGACGGCAUCGCCGCGCUGCCCAAGUUCGAGUACCGCAGCACCGGCGACGAGUGCGACCGGUGGGAGUGCGCGAUAUGCCUCUGCGUGAUGGCCGACGGCGAGGUGGCGAGGCAGCUGCCCAGGUGCAUGCACCUCUUCCACCGGGGAUGCGUCGACAAGUGGCUCGUCGGGCACACCACCUGCCCCGUGUGCCGGGGGGAGGUGGUGGUACUGGUGGUCGAGCCUCUGCACGACGGGAGGUGUGCGGAGAGGGCUGAGGCUGAGGCUGCGCCGCCGUCGCCGGCGGCGGCCAUGUUGGAGAAUGGCGAGAGGGACGUGGAGGCGCAAUAACAGCGUAACGCGUUCGCGUUUGCACUUUGAAUCUUUUCCUUUUCCUUUCGGUAGUUUUGUGUAGUUUUUUUGCGCCCCAUUAAGGAGGGGAUUUUUGAACCGUUUGAUUGUACGCAAGCGGUCGUUAGAAAAGAAGAAAACGAUAGUUUGAUUCUGUUUAGAAUUUGCAUUUUUGUAAUAUGUAAAUAGAAGCAUAAGUAUAUACUACUCUCUUCAUCCUAGAUCAUAAGAAAUUUUGACUUUCUGUUUAUAAUA